CCCAACAUUUAUACGAGCUACAAAUUGAAAAUUUCAGAAGAAAAAAAACUAAAUUUUAAUUGCCCUCAGAGAGAUAUACGUUGGGGAACGCAGAAUUUGAGAAAAUUCCGAUCGAUAUACAUUUAAUAGAGAGUGAAGGAGUGAAAGAAAAUGUCUCUAACGAGCGUGAAGAUGUCGGAGGAUGUGUGGUUGACGUGUCUGACCCAUGCAUUGUCCACUGAGACUGAGGAGAUCAUGGGCCUUCUUCUUGGUGAUAUUCAGAGCACAAAGAAUGGUGUAACUGCAUUGAUCUGGGAAGCACUUCCACAACCACGUUCUGAUCGACAGAAGGAUAGAGUUGAGACUAACCCAGAGCAGCUGACUGCUGCAUCAGUUCAUGCUGAGAGAAUGACAAUGGCAACGGGAACUACAACAAGAGUGAUUGGCUGGUAUCACUCGCAUCCUCAUAUCACAGUCCUACCAUCUCAUGUUGAUGUGCGGACUCAAGCAAUGUAUCAGCUAUUGGAUCCUGGGUUUAUUGGUUUGAUUUUUUCCUGUUUCAGUGAAGAUGCUCAAAAGGUCGGAAGGAUUCAAGUCAUUGCAUUUCAGUCUAUGGAUGGGAAGCAGGGUCACAUGAUGCAACCUCUUUCUCUCACUCCCGUUCAAAAAAGUUCUGUUAUAGAUUUAGAGUCUUCCAUGAGUUCUUCAGACAAUGCAAAUGCUGUGUUUGGCUCUUCCAAAGGAGAAACUAUGGAACAAGACACUGGAGAUUCGGAGGCAGCUGGUAGGGUUUCGAAGGGCUCGGGGAAAUCACCACGUUUGGGAGGUUUUUUGGCUAAUGCUACUGCUAAUACAGGAAACAAUAGUCAUGCUAACAGUUUGAAUGAUGCGAUUAAUGGUUUGGAUCCCAUGGAUAUGACUGAAGGUAUGCAAGAAGCGAUGCAUUUGUCAACUUUGGAGAUGAGUGGUGCAGAAUAUAUCAGAAAGGAAAUUCCUCUUCAUGUUCUCCCUACAUCAUCCCUUCUGAGUAUCGAUUCUCCUUCGUCAUCCUUUACAUAUCUCCAACGGGUACUGUAUGAAGAAGAGAAGACUGCAUAUAAUCAAGCGAUGGCACAAAACACGAGGGACGGCAAAGUUCACCCCCUCUCUUUCAUUCAUCACACAGCCACAUACAAGUCUUCCAUGUGCAAAAUGAUUGAGUACUGCUUGAGUCCUGCCAUGACUGUUCUUCAAGAUCGCUUGAGAGAAAAUGAAAUUCAGUUAAAUCUGCUCGCGGAAGAAGCCAAUCUACUGGAAUCAGAGGUCUCAAGAGGAAGCCCCUCAAAUUCGUCUCCUCGCUCUCCAUCUCAGGGGUAUCGGAGUAGUACCUCCGGUCACAGGGACCUGUAUCCGACGGACUUGAGCCAGGUGAAAAAUGUGGGUGGUAGCCGGAGCCGAAGAGGGUCCCAGUCGUGAGAGAGCUAAUUCUAGUGUGAGCUGAGCCUUCCCUUUUUGGUGCUAAAUCUUGCAAUCGUUUAUGCCAUCUCUCUACCUGCUAUUUCUGCUUGUCUACUAACUACUGUCAUUUUGUCAUGGAAAGAAACAAGUUUAAAUAUGGCAUAUUCAUUAAGUGUGUAAUCACCUUUUUUGGGAUAUACUGGUGAGUGGGGAACCUCCGUUGUUUCCAAAGGCUACAUUUAUAUCAACAUCUCAUGGAAUCUCAUUUAUAGUAUAUUUCAUUUAUACUCAAAUUUCCGUAA